ACCACGUUCACUUUUCCUUGCGCGAUUGUGCGAGGGACUUCAGAAUCUAGCUCCAAGUCUCAAUUCAAGAUGAUCACCAGGUUCAUCACCGAGGUUUCAACGACCUUCAAUCCGUUCCUACCCAGAGCGAAGACGGCCCGUCUAUUCCUCUCCUUCCUUCCACCGAAUGCGCGGCAGACUAUGAAAAUCGACACAAAUUUAUUACCGAGGACAUCGCGAGAUCCAAGUUUCAUAAAAUUGAAAUUCAAGGAUGGAAAGCAGAUGAAGCUGGAUGCUGAGAAGUUAGGGAUAAAGGGAGUUGUUGAAGAGGUGGAUAGACAUUCUAGAAUUCUGUCAAGACAGGAAGAGCUGAAUGGGAAUUGAUGAAUCAAGUUAUUGUAUAUUAUUGCAUAUGGGAGGCGUUCAGGAGCUUGCUGAGUAGUUUGCACAAGCUGUUAAAGAACGACCGACAUACCAAAUGUUCUAGUGUUUUCUGUGGAAAUCCUAGGCUCGAGGAGCUUUUAGUACAACGAGAGAACGAAAGGACUCGAACCAAACAGGGAAUAAGAUCGCUUUCUGGGUGCGGGAACAGCGUUUCUUCAUGUCACUUCACACGAAAUCCAAGAAAACGGGUCUAAGGCA